ACACUGGAUAGAAAUUACUGUCUGUACAAUGCUUAUAUUACGGACGUAAUGCACAUGCGCUGCAUUUGUUGAUCAACAUAAAUUAUGCACCCAGUGUACAGACAGAUGAGAUGUGAACAAGAUUCGCGAUUCGAUGGGCUAUUUUCGAAGUGGAAACUGUUUUUGUGGAUAAAAGGUUACUAAGAAUGCAUCCUUGAGCAAAACUUUGUUGUGAACCCCGAUCCUGCAGGCAGGAAUAUCGAUCAACAUGUCGACCAAAUCAGAGCAGUUUUCAGCUAAGAUUCGUAAUUUGACGGACUACCAGAACCGUAUUCUACACAACAUUGCUCCAUUACCAACAGGGACAGAUAUUGCUAAUACACUCAGAUACUUCAUUCACACUUUGAGGAGCAUCUUGAAGGAAGCCCCUGCCGAUCUGACCGACUGUAAGCAGUCGGCUCGGAGGAGGUUGAACCCGCGUCUGCCUCACUAUCCUAGUCUGGACUAUCUCUGUCUCUAUGAGACGUUGGACAGCCUCAUUGAGAUUGUACCCAAUGUGCAGUAUGGCCAGUCAGAUUUGGGUCAGGCUAUCCAGCAGUUGUUUGGUUGUAUCUUAUGGUUCUUGGAGCCUGAGAUAGUGGAUACUAUACCACACACAGUGGCAUCCACUCUGGCCAUCUUCCCAAUGGCUCUCCAAAAGGAAACGGUGGAUCUCCUGUGCACCACGCUACUCCCGAUAUGUCUAUCUGAGGUGCAGUCCAUUGAAGGCGAUACUUACGCUACCAUGUCAGUUUCAGCGGUCAUAAUGCUGGUUCUACAACACUGCAAGAACAAAGCUCAUCAUGCUCAGCUGAUGGAAUGUAUUAUGACAUACAAGAAAGAUGUCUUUAAAGAUAUCUUAUGUACGAUAGCGUUUGGGCCAUCAUCAGCUCGUGGUGCUGCUUCUAAUCUUCUUUUCCAUUAUUGGCCAUCUCUUGUGCCCUCCAACGUUGAAGACAGAGACUUUUCUUAUACAUGUUGGAAGCCCAUUCUGUGCCAGAGAUCCAACUGCUUAUCUCCGGUGAAUAACGCUGCUGUCAAGAUGUGUAUGGAUCCAGUGAUUGCAGGCAAGUACAGCAAGCACCCACCUCCAUUGUAUCUGUGUCAAGUCUGCAGUGACUAUGUGAACAGAGAGAUAUGUGACUCCAAGCCGUUUCUGAAUGUUCUACAGCCGCAGGAAAAUGUUGCGAAGACCUGCGAGAAUAAGAAUUGUUCUUCGUCUGAAAAAGAAGCCCUGUUUACCUGCUACUCGUCUGAGUGUACCGGCUUCAAGGGUAACCGACCGAUCCGUUAUUGCCAGAACUGUAACAACUACAUCCACACAGAGAGGAAGGAACAUAUCAUUCAAGAUUUUCCAGCCGAUCCGCUCUCAUGCGAUAAAGAGACGCAGAGUUACCUCUGCGAAGCAAUUAUAAGUCUCCUGAAGGAAGCUCACAUCUCCGAUAAGGAUCCGCUCAUGGCGGCCGCUGAGGCCGAGACAACCACGGACAUGUUCAGCCAGCCAUCGGAGAAUGAAGUGAUCGACCUGGAGAGCAUGGACGGUGACUCUCGUCUGCUCAGCCGCUUUGGGUUGUGGCUACUGAUUGAGAAAUGCAACCCAACGGACAGGACUGCUGAUGAGGUGGUGGGCCGUCUGCUUAGCAUGGUGUUUCAGUGGUUUGGAUUUACUGCUACACUUACACAAGACAGCGUUGCUUUGGAGAGCCUUAAGGCAGAUUAUGUCACCACAUGGUUGAUUAGGAUACUCAAGAGUCACUUCAACGUCUUUGUAUCCUGCUUGCUGCCACAGCCUCCUGACUACGCUAAGGUUGGAGGUGACUAUGACAGUUUGUGCAGCCGGAUAACAGAACUUCUUGGAGGAUUAAGGAAAGUCUUUAGUCUUACUCCGUACAACUCGGUCACAUUUGAGGUAUGGGAUUACAUAAUGCCACAUUGGAUGGAGUGCAUCUGCAAUGACAUACCUGAUGAGGAGAUACCACAACUCCAAGACGUCUUGUGUCGACUCUUUGAUGUUGAUAUGAGCCCCUUGCCAUUCUCCACGGAGAAACUCUUCAAUUUCGUCGCUUGUCGGUUCCGAGGAAUGGCCGCCAACGACCAAGAGAAAGCCCUCUUGUGGCUGCAGAUCCUGACAGAGACAGAUAUUGUCAUCCCUCUGAAGUUACUCCUGAGCAUCUUCAGUGAUGGCCUCACCUCCAUGUCCAAGAUACAACUCGCUAAUCAGCGUAAAGACCAACACCAAAAAGCCAACCUACCCUCAUCCAACCCUCCCGUUAACAACAUCCAACGACCCCCGGAGGAGGUGUUAAUCGAGCCACCGCCGACGGUACCUCCUUCUCCUCCCACCGAGCUACCCCCACCUCCCCCUGUUAGCCUCCCUCCGGGUGGUCUGGCUGAGGAAGUCGGGGUCAUCGGUGGUGGGAUUGGGAUCAUAGGUGAGGUCGGAGGUGUUCCUGUCGAGCUGCCGUUUGUUACGAUUGAUCCGUCCCCGGAUGAUGGGCCGAUACAGGAGCAAGACGAGGAACAGAUCUUGAGGUGUUUUGUCCUCAUGUUAGAUAUGCUUGUUAUCCAGUGUGAUCUUCAGUUCCUGCCGUUCCAUCAAGGUAUGGAGAACAGCCAAUCCAAAGACUUUGUCUCUCUGCUGACACAGAUGCUCUCCAUGACAUGGUUGGAGGCUCAUAAAUGCACCAACCCUAGGUCGGGUAAAUUCCAGCCCCAGCAGCAACAGCCUAAGACCAUUGGGCCGUGCUCGACGUGUGAACUGUGGGGAAUCUUCUUCCAGCUCUCCCUCAGGAUUCUGGAGCAUAUCUCACCUGUCAGCGAGACCAAAGUCUGUGAUAUGCCCGAGGUGUCGGAGUACCAGUUUGAGAAGUUUCUAGAGGAUGGCCUUGCCAAGGCCAAAGCUCUUAACAAUGACGUUAAGGGAAAGAAGAACCGAAUGGCAGAGAGGGGAUCCAGUAAACAAAAACGAUUCACAAAGACUAAGGAUCCCGGUAAAGGAUUUCUGAGUGCGACCGAGAUGAAACCAGUGGAGGUGUUCACUGCAGAGACUGUCAAGCUCCCAUCGGCCAAGGACCUGAAAGCUGAGAAGGAGAAGGCUGUCAAGAAAGCAGCAGCAGCUGAUAAGAGCACUAAGGGCAAGAAGGAUGGUGAGAAUGGAACCCAGAAGGAAGCUCGCUUCAAGGUUGAAGAACUUCCCAAGUCAAUACAACUGCUCUUCAUGUUACUCAAGGAUGUUCCGAGACACAACGACCCAGAAGUGCUGCUCAAUUUGUUCUAUUGCAUCAAGAUACUAUGCCUGAAUGCUGAGUGUCUCCGACAGGCAGCCAAGGACCAUGAUGCAUUCUUGAAAUACGCUCAGAACCAUUUACUUAUUCCUAAUUUCUGGAACCUACUGGAAGGUGAACUGAGCUGUGUCAAUGAAAUCAUGGUACCCCUGGCUCUGCAUAGCCUGGCACUACCCCAUGGCUCUGAUGUCAUGUGGAAUCUACUACAGAGAGAUGUAGACAAUGGAGACUGGAAAGCACGCUUUAAAGCUGUUGAGCGUGUCACAGCUCUCUUACGAUUCGUGGAAAAGAAGUCGCUCGGUAACAACUCGGUGAUCAUGUGUUCCCUAGCCUGUGCUUUUAGCUCUCUCAUUACAUCGACUGAAGACAUCUGCCCCGCUGUCUCAUCAAGGGCUAUCAUUAUGCUGGAGACCAUACCCAAGAAAGCCCUCAAGGUUCUAGUUGGUUGUCUUGAAUUCCAAUGGGACUGUGUGGUAGAGGACCGUGUGAUGAUAUUAGACAACCUUUACAAGCUACAGCAUUUCCUCCCUGAGACCAUGGUGUUAUCCUGGGAGUUCUUUAUGAAUAGACUUGAUACCUUAGCUCUAGAGGCUCAGGUCGAGAUGGAACACAAUAAGGAGUUUCCUUUCCCAAUUGAUUUGAGUCGUUCUCAAGCUGGCGUGGUGGAUCGUAUGGACACUUUCCUGAACAAGCAGACGAGGGCUCGCGUCGCCAGGUCGCAGUCCGAAAUGAACAGCUCUCUGAAACCACGCCGCCUCUCAUCCUUCACACUCAAGAAUGAAUUCAAGAAACGAAGCAUGUCUUCCCCUCCGACUUCAACAGGUGGAUUCAGCAGAGUUCAGUUCGGAGCCGCCAUGAGAUCAACCUAUAGUAGAUUGUUAGAAAAUACGGACUACGGUGCUGAAACAGCCGGACCUAUCGCAGAAUCAUUCUUUGAAGACGGUCAUCUACAGACGGUUCAGGAAGAGCAGGCACCAGACUUGAGUUCAGUGGAUCUAUCUAGCCUGGAUAAAGAGACUGUACAUAAGCUUAUAUCACUCCUCAUGAAGUUCAUGACACGUGAAAGUAGCGCUGAUGAAGAGCAGACAUCAAGCAGAGCAAUGAACUCUGUCAAGGGAAGAAAUAUGAUGCGGAAGAGCACGGUGUUACGUCAUCUGAGUGUAUUGAUGGGAUACAAGCAGCUUGAAAAAUGCUUUAUCUUAGCUCCACAACAACUCCGAGAGUCGGCUGUUUUCUAUUCAUUCAUGGCUGGAGCACCUAAGAUGCUGGACCAUAAUGUAAAGGUUGGGACCGUCUUACUACCAAUGAUCAUAGAGCUCUUGGCGUACUGUCCGUCUCCGCAGAAAGCUCCUCAAGACAUGCAGCUACAUGAUUACACACUGUGGUUCCUAGAACCGCACUGUAGGAUAUCGUGGCUCAUGUCAUUUCUGAUUAUACUGUACAAGUAUAACUUUGACCAACUGGAGUUGAAAGCGGAGGUGAAGUCCUUGGUGCGUGUUACCAUUAACACCCUGGAGGCUCAGAGGCAUCAAUGUAAACCAAAACGUCCCGAGCCACCCACCCCAGAGGACAUCUGGGGUGCUACUACCCCACUAGAGAAGAAGAAAUCAGAGUCCAGUCUGAUCCAAGCUAUGAAUGAAAUGGAAGACCAAGAUAACAGUGAGGAGGUAUCAUCGAUUCCUUCGGCCGGUCCGUCCUCUCCCCUCCUCCCUACGGCUCCAAGAGAGAUCCCUGCUGGGCUUCAUCAACAAGUGGAAUGUGAGCCGGAUAUGCUGUUUGUACCGGAGGAAGAGGUGACUGCUCUUACCAUCAAGAAGUCCAAUCUAAGCUUCGUAGCGUCCACCAUCGUGGAGGUUGAGGAAGAGAAUGAGGAGAGUGUGGAAGACUUGGAGCCCCUGAACAAGGUGGAGGCAAUCCCUGCUAAGGCCUUGAUGGUCAAUAAGGAGGAACCAGUGGUACAUGUAGCUCAGGCUGUACCAAGGGUUGUGACUGAAGUAGCCAAGGUGGAACGCCAAGCCCUCGAGCCCACGCUCAUGACGGCCAAAGUAGAGUCCUUCUUCUCCCCGUUCGAGAAGAGUAAACUCCAACCUCGCUUCCGCUCCAAGAAGCAACGUAAGAUGGGCGUGGCCACCAUCUCCUCCAACGCCCUGUCGCAACGAAUCGACAACAAGCUGGGUGGAGGCAAACAGGGGGAUCUCACCCUAGACUUAUCAGCAACUGCAGGAGGCGUCAACUCCGGUAUUCCCAAGGCUGGCAUGACCAGAAAGAGCAAGGAGAAGGGGAAGAAGCGAUCUCAGAAGUUGAAAGAUCAGUCUAAGACGCCUGAGAAGAAGAGCAGUGUGUACUCGGCUGCUAGGCGAUAUCAUGAGGAUAAGAACUACAUGGCUCUGACCAGGUGUACUGACUGUGGUGUUCUACUUGAAGAAUAUGAUGACGAUACGGUGUCUCUAGCCAUCGUGGUUCUAUCUACGCUGGUACAUAGAGACCCUGAGCUAGCCGCUCCUCUACUGCUGGAGAUGCUACAAGUUGUGGCAAGGAUUGCAAAUGCAGCAUUUUUCCCAUGGCAAAGUGAAAGCUUUGGAAGUCCUCCCGGCCAUUGUUGCACCGUUGCUAAGCAGUUUCUACGCUGCACCUUGCAUCAACUUGCCCCCAACGGCAUCUUCCCUCAGCUCUUUCUCAGCAGAGUCGAAGAUGGUGAGUUUUGGAAGACCAUGGUCGUGGCUCUUACUGAUUUCAGUGAGCUGACACCUACUGAUGCCAUCAGCUUCUUGCUUGAGGGUCUGAAUGAGAAGAAGACACUGCCCUCGCUGCGCAUCCUCAUCGUCUUGAUGAACCUAGCCGAGUACAUGGAGAACCUGCCACUAGAGGGCAGUAGUGCAUGGUCUAACCUUGUCCCUCUCUUCGAGGUUUUCUUCAGAAAGAUAGCUUUGGCCCUGCCUGAAAAUUGUGACACCAACGAUCUGUGCCGCAUCAUGCUGGUUCUCUUGAAGAGUCCUGCCACUAAGUUACUCAACACCUUACUGGAUCCUAUGAGUAAACUCAUGAGCUUCGUCAUCCAGAAAGCUCGCUUCAAACUCAAGCUUCUCAUUGAGCUCUGCUCCUUGUGCAACCGAAUAUUUAUGAAGGAGCGUGAGAGACAGUCAUUCUCCCGUUGCAUCGUUAUGGAGCUGGUCAACGCACUCAAGUUCAAGUCCUCACUUCCAGACAUCAAUCUGAUCCAGCUGGUGCAGUUCAUCUGUCUGGAUGCGGGAGGCAAGAUGAGCGACUUUGGGAACCUCGUCGGAGACGGCGACAUCUCGGAUGCUUGCAUCGCUGAGUUUUCGUCCUGUGGUCUGGCCGUGGAUUGUAUGAAAACCUACCUGACUGAUGCCAUAGAGUACGUUGGGGAUUUACAUACACUCACUAAAGUCAAGGACAAGAUGAAAGGUGGCUCUCAGAAUCUGAAUGAGGAUACUCUAGGGAGUCAGUUGAAGGCCGGAGUAGCGCAGAUCAUUGCCUUGGAGUUUACUCGUAACAAUCAACGUGAAGGUGGGAAGUCUGUCGUCAAUCGCUACCUACCGUGGCUCUACCAUCCACCAUCAGCUGUCCAACAGGGGCCUAAGGAGUUUAUUGACUGCAUUGCCCAUGUGCGUCUGUUGUCAUGGUUACUGCUCGGCUCCCUGACUCACGCUGCUGUCUGUCCUAUAAACUCUUCUCUGACUGGUAUUAUUUGUCAUCCCAUUCCUCUGGAGGCUGGUAACCACAUCGCUGAUCAUGUGCAGGUUAUCCUUGCUGGUUUUGCUGAGCAAUCCAAAGCGUCGGUUCUGCACAUGUCAUCUUUGUUCCAUGCCUUCAUUCUAUGCCAGCUAUGGACAAUGUACUGCGAGCAGAUGGCAUCUAUAAGCGCACCACAGAGUGACCAGCAUACUGCAGCCAUGAUGAGCGUUAUGGAUUUCUGGUGUCGGGUCACACCCGGUGUACUACAACUACUCUCUCAUUCUAAAGUGCUUGCUGAUAUGGUGAAUCUUCACUUCUUGAGUCUAAUGGAAGCACUUCAGGAAUGUAACUCAUCCGUCCUGACCAAGCUAUUUCCAAUGUGGACUUCAAUUCUGUUCAGUUACCCAUCCAAGCUCCCAGGCAGCCUGCAGGUACGCCUACAGAACUGUGAAAACUGGGCUCCACCAAGUCUGACCAAAGGGGAGGUGACGUCGUAUCAUUCUUCGGUGCUCCUGAAAUGGUUGAAGAGACUUCAGUUCAAGAUGGGGCAAAUUGAGAUUCAGUCUUCGGCCGCUGCUCAAUUCUAUACCGUCUGAUGACCUGGUUAGUACAGAACACUGCGGCCAUGUUGGUAUGGCUCCCUAAAUUCCUACAUGGUAGUAGUAAUGAUAUAAAGAGGGGCCUGCCUAUUUCCCCCAAAUCAUCCUCAUUUCUAUCACAGGUAUUUGUAAGGAAAGGGAUAUUCAAACCUCGUUCCCAUCGGGGAUCCAUCGCGUUAUGUCAUCUUUUCCACGCAGGCUUUGGUUGCUAUAACCCCUGGAGUUGUGUAAUUAGGCUUGUGGUCUAUCCAAUCUAUGUGCGCGUUCAAGUAUGGUAGCCCCCGAAAGAGGCAUCACGUCAUACAGCAGGUAUAUACAAGUUUGGGUGACUAUGUUAAAUUUGAAGUCGGAAUGUAUCAAACAAAUUGGAUUUUGACACACAUGUACUAAGCGCCCUACAAGUGCUUACAAAUUUGUAACAUAGAAACAGGGUGAAAACUUUAGUUUUUGUCCGCAUGCAGUCAUGGUUUUUAUCUCAUGGACUUGCAUGCCAUGAUGAUACUGUGAUGAAGGUGUAUUUCAUCUGAGGUGAAAACUUGUGGCCACAAUGGUGAUUUGUAUGUAAAGGGAUUUUGAACUGUAAGUUUGUUUGAGAGUGAAAUUUGGACUUGAAACUUGGGUGGGGUUGCCCUCUGGAAAGGAUUGUUUUGGGGGCCAAAGGGAUGGCGUGUUAAAUUCAACUGAUCAAAUGUCAAGGUUACAGUAAAAAAAA